CUCUCUCUGCUGGAUAUAGGUCGAGUGGCGGUCACGGCGCAUUCUUGCCGCCAGCUCCAUUCUCGAACGUUUGGUCGUUGCCAACGUUUGCUGCCCACUGCCACCACCUCCGACUCGCCAUCACAGCUAAUCCAUCAUGACGACGUCAUGCAUCUUGAGCGAGAGCUUGCCGCACUACAGCGUGAUCAAGGAACUGUACCCGCACUAUUACCACAAACGCGGCUACGAGAACGAGCCAGUGUACUACGAAAAGCCCGGGCAGCUCAACCUGACUGCGCUGAAGGCGCGCGGCGUAACGCUGGCCGACUUGACCAAGAGCUACGCAUUCAUGACUGAGUUUCUGUGGCAAGUUGUGGAAGCGUCCGCCGAUCGCCGGAGCAUCUCAGUCGUCGACGUUGCGGGUAUCGGUUUCUUUUCGUUUGACAACGACGUCAUCGAGUACAUGCGGUCCGUCGCGGCGUACACAAAGGAGCGGCAUCCAAAUCGGUGCGGAUGCAUCUUCGUCGUAAAUGUUCCGUCCUGGUUUGACACGAUCUGGCGCGUCGUGCAGACUCUCGUCGGCCCUGGUGUCCGCAAGAAAAUUACGCUCGUCAAGGAAUCGGACAACGUCCUGGACGCGCUGCGGACUCGCAUCCCGGUCGAGAAUAUCCCGACCGAGUACGGCGGUCUCAGCGUCGGCCAUUCCGACGAAGAAUUGGCGCUGCGGGCGCUCGUGGACUACAACAAUAACGUCCCGGGCAUCCAGCACCCGUUUGCGACCGGCAAGUUUACGUGCGGUUGCAACAGCCCCAUGCACAUCAUCAGCACUUGCACACCCGACACAUUGUUGCAACAAGAGACCGUCGCCCAACCCCAGACAGACCACUCCCUCGGCCCAGCCGACACCACCGCAACGCAACGACGCCUAGUUUUGCAGUCAUCAACGUAGCCUCACGUUUGAUGCGUUUUGAGUGCAAGGAGUUUGGAAACGUG